CCGGGGGAGUGGCACUGCCAGCUGGGUUCAUGGGGCCUGUGGGGAGUGGGAGGUGGGAGGAUAGGACGAGGCCACGGAGCGCGGUUGGCUCUGGUACCCUGAGGACCUUCCCGGGCCCCACUCAGAAACUCAGACUCGACCCUGUGGGCAGUGGGGAACCACUGAGGGGUUUAAGCAGAGGGACAACGUGGUCCGAUUUGCAUUUUAGAAAGAUCACACUGGCAGGCGCAUGGGAGAUGGCGUGGAGGGGGCGGGGGCGGGCAAAGCCGGACACCGGGCGUACCAUUUUGGAGGCCGUUACAACUGUCCCGGGGAGAAAUAAUGGCGGCCGGAACCAUGGCGGUGGCAGAUCCGUCAGCCCACGUCUCUUCAAAGAUCUAGGAUGUUGCUUCAGGCGGUUACUGCAUGACCGGGAAAUUGCUCACGGCCUGCAGUUGACUGGAAGCAGAGGGCUAACCAGGCAGGAUCAGAAGCAAAAGCAACGAGAAUCCCGACUCCCUCCUUCACCAGCGAUGACCUUGGGAAAAGCACGUGUGUCUGACCUUCAAUUCCGUCUAUAUAAUGGGGAUGACGGUGUGCCCACAUCACAGGACUGGUUCAGGGGAAGAAGUGCGGCCCCUCUAUUACCUGGCCCCUCUAUUACCUGGGAUCUCAGGAAGAUCCCGAGAGAUGACAGACAGCCUUCGCGUGGACACUGGAUCAAUCUAUGUGAUUCCGGCUGGUCUCACAGGGUCAUAAGAGGACCUUCUCAGUCUCCAUCCAGGUCGACUGCUCCCCCUGAUCCGACUGCCACCCCAUUAGACCACACAUCCUAUUUCCCUCCUGCUUCCAGAGCGCCUACCUCAGUGCACUUUCGCUUUAUAAAAGUACAAUUCUGUUGUCGUAAAGAAAAACAAAAACCCCACGACACGAGCAUCAUUUGUUUUCAUUUGUGGAGUGAGAUUUGCGAUCCCUCGCAAGCCAGGGAAUAGAGUGAAUCACAUCCUCACAGGGGGUCUAUCACAAUUAAGAUGUGCUGAAAUACAAACCUCCAGAGUAGUGCUUACUGGACCCUGAUGUUCAAGCCAUGGCUUGAUGUGGGAUUUGGAAGAAUUUCUACAUGCUUGAAGGCAAGGCAUUCAACGGCCACUUCAGAUAAAAUCAACGUGUGGCUCCCUGGAUGUUAGAAGGUGAAAGCCCCACUCAUAAAUCUUCGCAUCUUACCAUUUAAAGUGCAAGACAAAACAUCUAAGUUAGACGUCUGAUGGAUCAACAGGCGUGUCGUAAGAUUUCCGUGUUACUUGUGAGUCACGCACGACUGACCGCUAUAGACACUGGGAACAGGUGGGGCCUAGGGUCCUCUGGACAAGUGGACUGGAUGACACAGGAUUUUCUGUACUUUCAAAGGCCACGAGGGUUCACCGUGGCCAAUGCGCGUACUUCCCCUCCCCAAGUGCUGCUACAUCCUUGCUGCUAACAGGACUCAGG